UGAACUCGAUCAUCUGACCUUUCAUCCCUCCUGUCUUCGCGUUCUAGUUCGGUUUAUCCAAAAACCAUCAAUGUCUGAUUUCGGCAACACCGGACCUUAUUACAAUGGUGGAGGCAGUGGAGGCGGAGGCGGAUAUUUACCCAGCGGGAGUCAAGACAGUGGAGGGGAGGAGAUCCAAAUGAUGCAGAAACACGGCUAUUCGUUGCGACCUGUAACGAUCAUGCAAAUCCAUGAUGCUGUCCAAUCCCACGCGGACGCUGAGUUUUCUUUCGAAGGAGUUGAACCAACACAAAUCGUCAUUGUGGCAAUGGUCCUCUCCUCGAUCAUCCAAACCACCCACCAUGUCUACACAGUCUACGACGGUACAGGCCGCAUCGAAGCCCGCAGAUGGAUCGAGUCAAACGAGGACCGAGACCCGCUCAAUCCAAGCAUCGAGGACAACUCCUGGGUCCGUAUCAUCGGACACGUAAAAUCUUUCAACAACAAAAGAACCAUAAACGCGCUCGUCGUUAUUCCCAUAGCGAAAGACAUCCAUGAUCCAAGUAAAGACAUGAAUGAAGUUUAUUAUCACCACAUCGAUGCGCUUUACACUCACUUGUACUCGAAAUAUGGACCUUCCCCUUCAAUGUUAGGUCCCGGGGCGUCAGCAGCAGCAGGCGAUAAAACCAGCACAGCUAGGGGCGUUCCAUCUCAAUAUUCAGCCGCAGCGAACCCCUCGUCCUCGCUGAGCGGAGACUUCUAUAAAGACUUCAGCGAUGCCGGUAGACUCGUUCACUUAUGGAUGAAAGCCAAUGCCGCGAAUGCCUCCGAGGAUGGGAUUAGCUUCCUGGAUAUCGCCAAGGGUAUCAGGGGUCAACUGCCAACACAAGGUAGUACUGAUGUGGCACAACAAAUUAGCGAGGCGAUCGAUUGGUUGACGGAGAAUGGUCACAUCUAUGCAACCACAGACGAGAACCAUUAUGCGCUUGCUUGAAACUUUUGCAUCGUUUUCCCUAGUUCCCAUACGUGUUCCUUCGGCUCAAUUAUCCUUGUCCUCAAUGCGCACUGUAUCAUAAUGCGAUACACAGAUCUCGCCACGAUAGUAAAAUCCAAAGAAUUUCAGAAGGACAAAGCCAGCAGUAUGCGGAAAGAGAAUAUCCCAUGCUA